ACGAGGUCAGGAGAUCGAGACCAUCCUGGCUAACAUGGUGAAACCCGUCUCUACUGAAAAUACAAAAAAUUAGCUGGGCGUGGUGGCAGGCCCUGUAGUCCCAGCUACUCGGGAAGCUGAGGCAGGAGAGUGGUGUGAACCCGGGAGGCGGAGCUUGCAGUGAGCCGAGAUGGCGCCACUGCACUCCAGCCUGGGCGACAGAGCGAGACUCCGUCUCAAAAAAAAAAAAGGAAGACAAGAAAAUGUUCUAGGCCAGGUGCGGUGGCUCAUGCCUGUAAUCCCAGCACUUUGGGAGACUGAGGCAGGUGGAUCACUUGAAGUCAGGAGUUCAAGACCAGCCUGGCCAGCAUGGUGAAACCCCGUCUCCACUAAAAAUACAAAAAUCAGCCGAGCACGGUGGCGCUCGCCUAUAAUCCCAGCUACUCUGGAGGCUGAGUCAGGAGAAUCGCUUGAACGCCGGAAUCGGAGGUUGUAGUGACCCGAGAUUGCGCCAUUGCAUUCUGCACUCCAGCCUGGGCGACAGAGUGAGACUCCAUCUCAAAAAAAAAAAAAAAAAAAAAGAAAAUGUUCUAUAAUUGACUGGUGAUUAUCUGUUUGCAUCUUUGAAUAUACUUUACUGAAUUGUACACUUAAAAGGGAAGCAUUGUGUAGUGUGUUUUAUUCUGAUAUAGCUUUUCAAAUAAAUACAUAUGACUUCAGAUUUUUGAUUAAUCUGUUAAGCGUACUAAGAGUUUCCAGAUAUACCUUAAUUUACAUCACUUUUUCUUGUUCAUUUUUGUAUCAGUGAAAAUAGGGAUUCAGUUACCUUAGGUAUAUCAUAGUCGUUUACAUUUCAAAGUUCUCUGCGAACACAAUCGGUAACCUAUUUAAAAUAAAUUUUCCUGUAGUGUGAAAUGUACACUUCAGAGUUUAAUUGAACAUAUCUCACAGCUGUGGUUAGUCUGAUAAGCGUCCUUGCAUCCAUGCUAGGGAUGUGGGGUUCAAAGACAUUGUGUGUAAAAGGCUCUGGAGGCCAAGGGAUUCUUUAUUUAAAGUAAAUGUGUGGGGAUUGGGGAAGGAAUGGGUGGAGGUCUCAAUGCCGUUAGCCGUCAAUAUCAGAAUGGAGCUAGACUCAUUACACACGGCGAAGUCACUUUUAAGUGUCUGUGUUUGUGAACGGAGCUCACAGUUCCACGAGUGCCCUCUAGACUCAGGCCAAGUCCCUGGCCCCCGGAGGAGUCAGACCCUGUUGUUCCAAUCUGGACUUGCCUGGGUGACCCUCUUGCUGUGGACUUGUUCCUUAAAGGGUCACUACAUCUCGCAACUGAGGCUGGAAUUCGCCGCGCACACUUUUGUCCCCGCGUUCAGAAACAGCUGCGACAGGAUGCCAGAGUUCAUCGAGAGGCUGGGAACAAGUUCGGCUUCUACUCAACUGCACCUCGCUGGGACUGGUUUCCCCCCGGACUGAAGCAGGGUUGCCCCGGCGACAUGACCUUUUGCAGCUCUGUCACUCCAUGUGAAGAGGGCGGGGCUUCGUGAACUGUCCAAUCAGAGGCGCCACGUGGAAGGUGGGUGGGGCAACGCGGAAUAAAAGAGGUGGGCGUCGUACGUCGUUACGCAGCGCGGUUGCUGGGCACCUCGACUAUCGCCUACCGUAUAGCUCCUGCUACGCGCGUUGUAACAAAUGCUGCGUACAGGAGAUGAGGGAGGACGGCCAGACACCUGGAAGCCGGAAAAUGGGAAAAAAUGUGAAGAGCAUAACAUUGAAGAUCAGUCCAAAAACCAAGAAAGAAGUCUAAGGCACAUCAGAUCUCACACUGGACACAAACCAUAUGAGUGUCAAGAUUACGAAGAAAAGCCAUAUAGAUGUAAGGAAUGUGGGAAGGCCUUCAGUUAUUUCCAGUCAUUUAAAAAACAUGAAAGAAAUCACAGUGAAGAGAAACCCUAUAAAUGUAAACAAUGUGGGAAACCCUUCAGUUAUCAUCAAUCUGUUCUUCGACAUGAAAGGACUCACACUGGAGAAAAGCCCUAUGAAUGUAAAAAAUGUGGAAAAACCUUCAGUACUCUUACAGGUUUCCAAAUACAUGAAAGAACUCACACUGGAGAGAAACCCUAUGAAUGUAAGGAAUGUGGAAAAGCCUUUAUUUACCUUGCAAGCUUUCAAAGACACAUGAUAAUGCACACUGGAGAUGGACCUUAUAAAUGGAAGGAGUGUGGAAAAGCAUUCAGUUGUCCUAGUUCAUUUCAAGUACAUGAACGAAUUCACACUAGAGAAAAACCAUAUGAAUGUAAACAAUGUGGUAAAGCCUUCAGUUGGCUUGGUUCCUUUCGAGUACAUGAAAGAACUCACACUGGAGAGAAACCCUGUGAAUGUAAGGAAUGUGGGAAAGCCUUCAUUUAUCGAACUACGUUAAAAGGACACAUGAGUAUUCACACUGGAGAGAAACCUUAUAAAUGUGAACAAUGUGAGAAAGCCUUCCUUUCUCUUGCAAGCUUUCAAAUGCACAUGAUAAUGCAUACUGGAGAUGCACCUUAUAAAUGUAACGAAUGUGGGAAAGCAUUCAGUUGUCUUAAUUCAUUUCAAAUCCACGAAAGGACUCACACUGGAGAGAAACCGUAUGAAUGUAAACAAUGUGGUAAAGCCUUCAGUUAUUCCAGUUCCUUUAGAAUACAUGAAAGAAGUCAUAGUGGAGAGAAACCCCACGUAUGUAAACGAUGUGGUAAAGCCUUCAUUUGGCACAAUUCCUUUUGAAUACAUGAAAGAACCCACACUGGAGAGAAACCCCUAUGUAUGCAAGCAGUGUGGCAAAGCUUUCAUUUAUUGUACAACUUUUCAAGGACACAUGAGAAUGCACACUGGAGAGAAGCCCUAUAAGUGUAAAGAAUGUGGAAAAGCCUUCAGUCAUCCCAGUUCAUUUAGAAGCCAUGAAAAAAUACACCCUGGCAGAAAACUUCUUGAAUGUAAGUAAAGUGGGAGUUUUCAACUUGCCCACCUCCUUACAAAAACAUGCAAUAAGAAUGUGCUAGAUAUAAAGCUUACAAAUGUGAGAAAUACAGGAAGUUUUUCAAUUUUAACAAAUACUUUCAAAGUCAUGUGAAAAUUCUCACUAGAAAGAAAUCCAAUAAAGGCAAGUUGAGGCAUACCUGUUUGUUAUUCAGGAAUUCGCUAUAAGGUUAUACUGGGGGAGGGGGUGCCAUGUUUAAAUUCAAUGGUAUCUUAAGGUAAAACUGUAAUUUAAGCCCCAGUAUUGAUUAAGGACAUGGAAAUUUGCCAACUGAUGCAUUUCAAUGGAUGUUGAAGUUAAUUCGGAGCCUGUUUUGUAGAGGUGUGAAACCCAAUCAGCACCCAUUUAUUUUUUUGCUGUUAUUUUAAUAAACUUUGGAUUUCUAAUUUGAUCAAA